AAAUUGCAGUCAUAGGAAUAAGUGAAUUCCAGGCAAGGCGCCACCUCCGUCUUCGACUCUGCCCAUCAUCGGCAAGAUAUAAGCUCGUCAUCGCUUGCUUCCCUCGACCUCUUUUCCUUCCCCUCUCCACCGUUCCGCACAACCUCGAACCUCGAAACUCUCGACAAUACCAUCACCGGAUUCUCGAACCACAAAGAUCUACAUCAAGCAUAAGAGCAAUGGCGGUCAUUGACAGUAUCCUCGGCAUCUCAGUUGUGGUCUGUGUUGAUGAGCAGGCUCUUGCUGAGUACGAUGAUAACGACUACCCUACUGAACCAGGAUCCAGUAUGGUUUCGAAAUAUAUCCAGUCUGACGUAUUGAAAGAGUUUGCGGUCCGGCUUGCAAUUAAGCCUCCUUACACCAUGAAUUGCCCGACUCUAGGCUUCCAGAUCUACGUCGAUGGUAUCAAAACCCGAGAACCCCUCCUGCGUAAAGCAGUCCUCAGCCAGGGUGGUGGACAUUGGGAAUCCUUGUUCCAUGGAAUCAAGUAUUCGACUGGAGGCCAGCAACCAGACUGUAUUCUUCGCCCCUUCAAGUUCUCUGAAAUCCAAACAUCCACCGACGACGAGAGACUUGACUCAUUGCACAGUGAUAUUCAAGUUAUGGGUGCGGUCGGUGAGAUUGUUAUCAAGGUCCUUCGGCGUACCGAGGCGCAAGCCGUUGGGCUGAAGAUAGAGCAAGACAGUCUUCUCGAUGGCCACCCUUCGACAGUUCACGAAAAGGCUCUGAAGGGUGAGGCAAAGUCACAUGGCACCAAGCUUGGAGAUGGACGUGCCUCCGUCUUUUCUAGGAGACUUGAGUCCGAAUUCAUGGACGGCGAAGAUCACCCCAUUGCCAUUUUUAGGUUCAAGUACCGUAGCAGAGAAGCUCUGAAGUCACUUCUUGUCAUCCGUUCUCCAGAGCCCGAGCAAGCGCCAGGCUCCAGAACUGCUUCUCCGGAGCCAGCUCAGCAAAACGCGCUCAACAUUGCAAGUCUGAGCCCAAGCGAGAGACGUCAAAUUCAGGACUUCUUUCAAAUGCUUAAGUCCGGUGCAGCACCUCGAAUUCCAGAAGGCAAGCAGAAGAAUCAUGCAGACAGAGUCUUUGUCAAGCGAGAGCGCGAAGAAGAUCCGAUUGAAGCUAUUCGUUCCCGGAAGAAGUCUAGAAAGCAGAACGCACGAGUAUCCAUUGAUCUCACUCUAGACUAGGCGAUACCUGACCGUGGAUGAGUGGGUGUUACAGGGCAAAUUAGUGCUUCAAUGGGGUGUAUCUUGACACUUUGUUGUUGAUAUGGAAGGUAAAU